GUUGCCGAGCGACGGGCGAUGCAACAAAUAUAUAAUCGGAGGAACUUGGAUAAUGUGAAAACAUUCAUAACGGAAAACUCCUGACGUGUGGACGUGUUCGUCGUGCUUCGUCUCUGUCUCACGUUUAUCGCUGCUUGUGUUGUGUAUUACUAUUUCAGUGAGUGCCGUUCUCACUCGCUUCUUACUACACUUUCUGAUCUUAUUAUCGUAGUAUAUUUUGUAUCGAAAAACAGAAGAAAAAACAACAAUAUAAAUCACAGAAAAAUUCAUUCAUCUCGUUGAAUUCUUUUUGCCGCGUUACGACUUUUGCAUUGUGAUCAACCUUGAAUUUUACUUCUCUCUGGAAACAAAACAAAUUGUCAAUUUGAAUAUUGCACUGAAGUAAAAUAAAAUUUAAAAUCGCAAUUUGCAAUGUGACUUUAUAAGUGUGAUCGCCGCUUAUUUUACUUAAUUGUGUUGACAAAAAAUUUUCAAAAACAUCGCAACUGUUGCUAUAUCAUUACUGAUAACACUAUCAGACUCUGCUGCUGCUGCUUAAGAAACAAACAUAUUGACCUUGGAUUACUGCAAAGGAUUAGCCAAAAACAGAAAUGGGCACUAUUGAGAAACGCUCCUUCUCCUUCCGUUUGCGUCGCUCGUUCGGCGACGGUGGCAGCACAAAUAGCCGGAACAGCAACAACAACAGCAGCACCUGCACCAACCACAACAACCAUAAGAGGUGCAGCACCCCGUUGACACCGACCAGCACCAGCACCGGGAAACUGGAGGUGCCGGGAGCAUCGGUGAGCCGACGUAGCAGCAUUUACAGGAAGCCCGACAAGAACGAUGGGGGACAGAUACAUUUGAUUCCGGAUGUGGACCUGCCUUUGAUGACAUUCGCUGAUCAGUACAACAUUGAGAAGACCUUGGCCGAGGGUUGUUUUGCCAAGAUUUUGCUGUGCCGGCACAGACCCACCAAUACCACAGUGGUGCUAAAGGCGGUACAUGCGGAGCUGACCACCAUUAAGGAGUUCCAGAAGGAGUUCCAUUACAACUAUGAGCUGUCGCAUCAUCAUCACAUACUCAGCGCCUAUGCUGUGGCUUUCCAGACCAUGGACUACUAUGUGUUUGCCAUGGAGCAUGCUCCCUAUGGGGAUCUGGCCUCCAACAUUGGACCCAAUGGAUUGCAUGAGACACCCUGUAAGUUAAUUGCCGAGCAACUAAGCUCGGCUCUCGGUUUUAUGCACUCCAAGAAUCUGGUGCAUCGUGAUCUCAAAAUUGAGAAUGUGCUCGUCUUUAAGCCGGACUUUACGAGAGUGAAACUCUGCGACUUUGGAGCCACUACCAAGAAGGGUCUGUUGGUGCACAAGGUGAAGCAUACGUGGACCAGUUGUGUGCCGCCCGAGCAACUGGAGCUGAUCAAGAACGAACGCUUUCAGUGUUUGCCGAUCAGUGACUCCUGGCAAUUUGGCAUAUUGUUGUACAACAUUCUAACGGGCAAUCCUCCAUGGCAGGCGGCAGAUUGGGUCAAGGAUCAGGGUUAUGCCAACUUCAUGAAGUAUGAACAGCGCAAGACGACAAAAGUUCCAGAUAGUUUCCGGCGAUUCUCGCCGCGAUUAAUGCGCUGCUUCCGCAAGUACUUGAGUCAUGAUUCCGAGGAUCGUUGCAAGAUCACCGAGGUGAACAAGUACAUGAAGGAUCGCUGGGUGGAGUGUCGCAUCUCGGCCUCCAAGUCGGCAACGCUGAUCUCCCCGAAUCAUCAUGAUCAGGACUCGUGCAUCUAUCUCAACCAAAGAGAGGGUCGCCUCUCUGGCGAUGAGAAUAAGUUGCGAUUCAAGCGAAUGAUGUCCAGUUAUGGUCUGGAUGUGCCCAUUGAUCAGACAAUGGUGCGACGGCGUGUCUGGGAUUGGCUAUCGACAUGUGAUGCCAACUUUGAUCCCGAUGUUGAAAGUCUACACGCCUUGGACAUGGCGCAGUAAAUGGAGGCUGUCCUGGACGUGAGUUGGAACUCUAAGAAUUUGCAGAUCUAUGAGAUCGAUCAUGAGAAGUUACUUCUCAAAAUAUUUUUGUUAUAUUUAAUUUGAUAUUAGCCAAAACGGAUUAUACAUUAAAUUAUUAUAUAUAGAAGAAUUUUUGCUAUGCAUGCAUGUAAUUACGUACGAGUAAGUAAGAAUUUGUACCGCAGCCCCUCAAAAGGGGUUCUUAAGAAUACAAUAAAAAAAAAAAAAAUACAAGAAAAAGAUGUGUAAAAAAAGAGAUAAUUGUAAUUCACUGAGAACAAAAUAAAACAUGUUAACGGAUGACUUUCCACUAGUGUUACCUUUCUAGUCUUCCGCUACGAUGGUUCUUUAAAAUCUAUUUGUAAAAGUAGUUUUAUAUAUAUCUAUAUAUCUAUUUAUUGUGUGAUGUACGCGUUACUUACUUUAUAUGUACUUGUAUAAACAUUAUAUACGAUACCAACUAAUGCAAUUAUGUAGAUCCUAAUGUUAUUGAUUUAAGUGAAAGAAGAUGUACCAUAAACUAUAUGACCAAUUAUUAGCUAAGUGUUGUCAAUUCAAAUAGCGAAUAUCUAUCCCUAAACCAUAUGUGAGUAUGACUAUCCUAUACUAUCUUAUAUAUAAUCUUAAAUUCGAGUAUGCA